UUGUGCCUGUAAUGGUUUGUUCUGGGUGGUCUUGAAUCGCUAUUGCUCUCUUGUCGACACCACGGGCACCGUAAAAGCGGUUCACAUGGUGCGCGGUACGUUGACCUUGAACCGCGCGUUACCAUGGUGAUGGUGCUGUUGUGAGCCGGGUAACAAACAAACAAACAAUCGCAACACAUAGCACAACGGGGCUGAAGCUGUGUGAAGGAUCAAUCCGGGGUUCGCCGGCCCUCGCAACAUGACGCUGUUCUUCGACACCAAGGUGCAGUUUCUCGAUAGUGAAGCGAUCAGCACGGUCAGCUCGUGGCACCCGGUCGAGCCAAUCUUUGCUGUCGCCUCGUACAGUAACGUGCGCGGUGGCUCGGUGACCAUCUUCGACGAUACGGGUAUACCACUGCGUGACGUGACGUUCCCGGUGCAUGCCACCUCACAGGCCACCGUGCUGACCUGGCACCCGGAGCGCAAGCUACUGCUGACCGGGUGGGAGAACGGGGAGAUACACGCGUGGUUCGAUGGGAAGCGCGACUUUGCGACGGUCAAUGGGCCGCACAAGUCGCCGAUCAUGCUGCUGGAGUUCAGCGAGAAGGGUGGCCGCGUCAUCACGGCCGAUGCGAUGGGCGUACUGACCGGGUGGCGCUUCGACGGUCAGUCGCAGUUUCUCACGCUGUUUAACCACGAUCUGCGCGACCCACUGCUGCACAUCACGUUCCGCCGCUCGUUCCAGAGCGUCAGCAGCAAAGAGCUGACCAGUUUGGCCAGGGCUGCCGUGGCCGGUGAUGAGGCAGCACUCGAUCAGCUGACCAACUGGCGACCCCGAACGGCGGUACGGAAUAUGGCUCACGCUAGCCUGCAGGACAACUACUGCUUCUACGCGUGCACCCAGACCGGCGUGCUGUACUACAUCAACCAGACGGGCACGUGCACGGAGAUCGUACGGGGGGAUAGCGUUCCCAUCAUGCAGAUCCUGUGGCACCCGAAGCAGGAUUCUAUUGUGAUUCUCAUGGAGGACAUCACGAUCGGACACUACGAGGUGGACGGGAACGGGCAAAUAACGGAGCUCGACCGGGUGAAGCUGUCCGGUAAGGUGGCGGGCUCGAAAAGCUCCAUCACCUGGGUGACGGGGUGUGCGCUGGCCAUCCUCACCGGUGACCUGUCGGUGCGCAUCUGGGACAUCGAAACGAGUGACAACUACGUGCUGUCGAUGGAGCUGUCGGUGGAGACAAGCGCACCGGACCACAGGCGACCGACGGCAGCGUUGGGCGCUAGCGGUGUUGGUGUUGGUGUUGCCGUGACACCGCCAGCUGUCAGCCAGGAAGCGUUUACCUGCGUGUCGUACUGUGGCGACACGCAAACACUGAGCGCCGGCACUAGCCAGGGCAAUCUGUAUACGUGGCGCCGCACGGUCGGUGGGUACGGGCGCACAUCGUACACCGACCAGCCGGAGUCCCAGUGGCAGCUAGCGAACGUGACCGGGGUCCGGGGCACAAUCAAGAGCCUUACCUGGGGCACCACCGACACGAACCGGCCCUGCAUGAUGGUCAACUGUCUGUCGGAUGUGUUUAUCCUGAAGGAGCAGGCCCUACUGGCGGCGCACACCCGCACACUGUGGGCGACGCAGCGGAAAUCGAACGAACUGCUGCUGCGCCACUGCACCGGCCGGGAAGCUACGCUACGGCUGGAAAACUCCAUCACCCACCUGGCGCUCAACGAGCUGCACCUGGUCGUUACGAAUGGGCGCACGGUUGGUGUGUACCGUGUACAGCAACCACCGGCCACCACCACCACUACGCCGGCCCCAGUUACACCCGCCAAACCGGCCGAAACCGGCAAGGCGUUCCAGGGGGCUGAUGGCGAUCACGGUGAUCCCGGUGCGCUGCUCAUCUCGUUCGUUGGCAGCUUUGCGGUCGAAUGUGUGGCCGUGUACCUGUAUGAGCAGAACAUUGUGGCGCUCGGUACCGAGCAGGUCCGGGUGUACUCGCUCUGUGGCGUUACCCUCCAGGAGAUCGUGUUCAGCGAGCAUGAAGGCAAACCGAUCGGUGCCGAUCUGCACGGCCCCUUUCUGACCGUGUUCACGCUCGGCGGCUACCUCAAGCUGUACGAUGUGUCGCGGCACGACGUGAAGCAGCUCCAGCCGGCCCGCUGUGGCUACACCAUGUUCGAGCAGUUUGGCGAAAUUAUCGCCGCGAAAACGAACGCCACCGGGACGCACGUGGCGCUGACCAUCGCUAACGAGCAGCUACACCCGGACGGGGCCCUCUAUCUCUGGUGCCUCGAGAGUAACGUGCUGAAACCGUACGUGUUUCAGCCGCCGGCCGAUGGUGACCGGGUCACACCGGCGAAGACGGGUCGCGCCGGCAGCCGCUCCACCCUCCUGCCCGUUGCCUUCCACUGGGACGCGGACGAUCCCCGGCUGGUGGCGUGCGAGACGAAACCAUUGGCGAGGGCACGAACGGGUGCGCAGCAUCCACAGCCCGCCUGCCAGCUGCACGUCCUGUUUGUCGAUGGGCACCGGUCGGAGCUGGCCGAGCUGGAAGUAAGCUCCAGUGGCCAGUGGUGUAGCGAUGGUGUGGAGCAGCAGCACCAGCAGCAGCAGCAACUAAUUGGCCUGUGUGUACCGCACCUGGUUGUGCUGCAGCGCAACAGUAUCGUGCGGUUGCCGCUGCGCGACUUCAAGGGCCUGGAAGAGUGCGAUCUGGUGACGCGCGGCAUGGUGCUCAACUUUAGCCUGAAUGUGGCGCAGGAAAACAUGGACCAGGCGUUCAGCUGCAUCCGGUCGCUGCGCUCCGACACGGUGUGGAUGAAUCUGGCCAAACUGUGCGUCCAGACGGGCCGGCUGGAUGUGGCGAAGGUGUGCCUGGGCCAUCUGCGGCGGGCCCGCUCGGUACGGGCGUUGCGCCGUGCCCUGGACGAUGUGGCGCUCGAGCAGGAAGCGCGGGUGGCGGUGCUCGCGAUCGAACUGGGUAUGGUGGGCGAGGCGGAAGCGCUGUACAAGCGGUGUGGCCGGUACGAUCUGCUCAACAAGCUGUACCAGGCGUCGGGCCGUUACGAGGAAGCGCUGGAGGUGGCGGAACACCUGGAUCGGGUGCACCUGCGCAACACGUACCACCGGUACGCCGAGUGGCUGAAGGAGCACGGCCAGACGCAACGGGCGAUCGAGUGUUACGAGCGGACGAGCAGCCUCCUGCACACCGUCAGCCAGCUGCUGCUCGACGAUCCGGUCGCACUGAAGCAGUACAUGCAGUCGACGGCCGAUCCGGAGCUACUCCGCUGGUGGGCCCAGUACGUCGAGUCGAGCGGCGAGAUGGAAGGUGCGUUCAAGAUCUACCAGCGGUCGGCGGACUGGUUCGCCCAGGUGCGGAUCCUCUGCUUUAUCGGGCAGGUAAACCGGGCGGACGAGAUAGCGCGGGCGAGCGGUGAUCGGGCCGCCUGUUACCAUCUGGCGCGGUACUACGAGAACGCGGGCAAGUUCGGUGAGGCGAUCCACUUUUACACGCGCGCCCGUACGUACGGGAAUGCGGUGCGCAUCUGCAAGGAGAACGACCUGCGGGACGAGCUGUGGACGGUGGCGUGUGGGGCGCGGGCCCGCGAUAAAGCGUCCGCGGCCGGCUACUUCGAGGAGGCGGGUGAACCGCGCCGUGCCGUCGAACUGUACCACCGGGCCGGCAUGCUACACAAGGCGGUCGAGCUGGCGUUCCGGUCCCAGCAACCGGAAGCGCUCCAGGUGAUAGCGGCCGAACUGGAUGCCCGCUCCGAUCCGGAACUGGUGGGCCGGUGUGCCGAGUUUUUCCUGGCCAGCGAGCAACCGUACCGGGCGGUACAGCUACUGGCCAACACCCGGCAGCUGGAGCGUGCGCUCGAGAUUUGCGCUAGCCACAGUGUGCCGGUGACGGAGACACUGGCCGAGCUGUUGACACCGGGCAAGGAUGAGCUCGUCGGUGCGCCGGCCGUCCGGUCGGGGGUGUUGUUGCGGUUGGGCGAACUACUCCAGGAGCAGGGUGAUUACCAUUCGGCGACGAAAAAGUUCACCCAAGCGGGCGAUAAGGUGCGGGCGAUGAAGAGUCUCCUCAAGUCCGGUGACACGGAGAAGAUCAUCUUUUUCGCCGGCAUGUCCCGGCAGCGUGAGGUUUACGUGAUGGCGGCCAACUACCUGCAGGCCCUGAACUGGCAGACCGACGCCAAGAUCCUGAAGCACAUCGUGACGUUCUACAGCAAGGGGCAGGCGUACGGGCAGCUGGCCAACUUUUACGCCAACUGUGCCCAGGCCGAAAUCGACGAGUUCCGGGACUACGAGAAGGCGCUCAAUGCGCUGCAGGAGGCGGCCAAGUGUUUGACACGGGCUGGUGGUGGUGGUGGUGGUGGUGGUGGUGGUGGUGCGGUGCAACCGCUCGCCCUCGCCGACACGCUCCAGCAGGCGAUGGGUGAGGUGCGGCGGAUGGUCGAGCUGCAGGACGCGACCGAGCGGCGCGAGUACGGCAACGUGAUCCGGCUGAUCAAGGUGCGGCUGGAGGAGCAGGGCUCGGAACCGCCGGUACCACCGGUCCGUGUCUGGGAUCUGCUCGGCCUGCUGGUGGAGUGUUUGGUGGCGGUGGGGUCCCACUCGGAAGCGUUGCACUACCUGCGUGAGCUGGCGCACCGCAAACCCGACUGGUACCGGCAGGAGCUGGUCGAGAGGGCGGUACUGGACCGGUUGGUCACCGAGACCGGUGUCAACCUGGAGCAGUACGUGGUGGUGGCGAAGGUGAAGCGACCGACCACGGCCACCAUCUCCAGUAUGAGUGACGACGAGGAGAUCCAGGAGGAGUGUGAGUGAGUUGAGCAC